UUAAUUUGUGACAAUCUGAAAGCUAGUCAGUACGUAAUUGACUCAACAAGAAUCUAGUAGAAUGGAUUUGAAAUUAGUUGUUGUUGUUCUGGCCGCAGUUAUCUGCGUUUCCCAAGCAAAAAGUCUUGAAAAGAGACAAGCUGCUUGCCCACCACCCCCACCCCCACCAGUAUAUCCAGCACCACCACCACCACGUCCAGCUGCCCCAGGACCACCAGGACCAGCUGGAUGCCAAGGAUGCCCAGGAGCCCGAGGAUGUCCAGGACCUAAAGGAUGUACCGGACCAGCUGGAAUUCCAGGACCCCCAGGACCACCAGGACCACCACCACGACCAGGACCACCAGGACCCCCAGGACCAGCUGGUUGUGCAGGACCACAAGGAAACCCAGGACUUAAAGGAUGCCCAGGACCAUGUGGACCUCCAGGACCCCCAGGACCACCAGGACCCCCAGGAGCCCCAGCUCCACCACCACCACCCCCAGCACCAUGCUGUUCCGGCAAAUAGAUUAAUACUGAGUAUUAAAGCUUCUUAACGACUUUUUACAUUUUUCUAAUUGUCAGAUGCGCAUAUAUCGUUUGAGUAUCUGUUUCUGACUUGUUAAAUAAAGCUUAUUCUAAAUCAAGAUGCUAAGAGUCUUUUGCUUUCUUUCUUGUUCUUUUCAAGACAAAAUAAGGAAAGUUAUUUUCAUGUUCUCUUAGAUUGUCUCCUUCCAUUCGGAAUAUUUCAUUCAGCUAUGCAAUCUAAUAGUACUUURAACCACAUUAAUAAUAAUGAUAUAAGAUUUAUAUAGCGCAAGUAUAUCCGUGCAAGUUUAUAUGCGCUUAACAAAUUAGAAAAAAUCCAAAUUCCAAUAAACCUUGUAAUAACCUCA